AACCUGCCCAACAACCCUCCAGAAUACCCCCAACAAAGGAGAAAACACUCCUCUGAGCAGCGACAUCACGAUGAAGGGACUCCUCGGCGCCGCCGCCCUCUCGCUGGCCGUCAGCGAUGUCUCGGCCCACUACAUCUUUCAGCAGCUGACGACGGGCGGCGUCAAGCACGCUGUGUACCAGUACAUCCGCAAGAACACCAACUAUAACUCGCCCGUGACCGAUCUGACGUCCAACGACCUCCGCUGCAAUGUGGGUGCUACCGGUGCGGGCACCGAUACCGUCACGGUGCGCGCCGGCGAUUCGUUCACCUUCACGACCGAUACGCCCGUUUACCACCAGGGCCCGACCUCGAUCUACAUGUCCAAGGCCCCCGGCAGCGCGUCCGACUACGACGGCAGCGGCGGCUGGUUCAAGAUCAAGGACUGGGGUGCCGACUUUAGCAGCGGCCAGGCCACCUGGACCUUGGCGUCUGACUACACCGCCACGAUUCCGGAAUGUAUUCCCCCCGGCGACUACCUGCUUCGCAUCCAGCAACUCGGCAUCCACAACCCUUGGCCCGCGGGCAUCCCCCAGUUCUACAUCUCUUGUGCCCAGAUCACCGUGACUGGUGGCGGCAGUGCCAACCCCGGCCCGACCGUCUCCAUCCCAGGCGCCUUCAAGGAGACCGACCCGGGCUACACUGUCAACAUCUACAACAACUUCCACAACUACACCGUCCCUGGCCCAGCCGUCUUCACCUGCAACGGUAGCGGCGGCAACAACGGCGGCGGCUCCAACCCAGUCACCACCACCACCACCACCACCACCAGGCCGUCCACCAGCACCGCCCAGUCCCAGCCGUCGUCGAGCCCGACCAGCCCCUCCAGCUGCACCGUCGCGAAGUGGGGCCAGUGCGGAGGACAGGGUUACAGCGGCUGCACCGUGUGCGCGGCCGGGUCGACCUGCCAGAAGACCAACGACUACUACAGCCAGUGCUUGUAGAAUGACCACACGACCGACGGCGCCGCAGGGGCGGGCGGUUGUUGUGUCGUUGUACAGGCGGUGUGGUUGGUAGCAGUGUGCGCGGGAGAGGAUAAUAAAUAGGGUGAGAAGGGGGGGGGGGGGGUGGUGGCAAGCAAAGGGUGAAGAAGAAGAGGAGUGUUUGUUGGAUGGCAUGGCCAACGUCCAUCACCCCCUAAUUAAUCUCCUCCCCUUUUGGCCAGAUGAUAUUAAUAGGAGACGGGGACUGGAGAGGAGGAACAUUGGCAGACUCAUAUCGGCUUCUGCCUUGACGCCUACUCAACCUUCUUUGCACAUAUUUUCCGCAUUCAGAGGUAUAUACAUUUUUUUUCCUGU